AUGUUGGCUACAGAUGCAACAUACAAGCUGAACUACCACUCGUUCCCAGUGCUCACUUUGGCUAUGCUCGAUUAUAAGAAUCACUGCUUCCCCAUAGCUUUGGCCCUGUGCGGCAAUGAGAGGGAGGAUGACUUCGCAGAGCUCUUCAGAUCCAUGAAUAUAGGGGCACGGAAGAUGGGUUUGGCAAUGCAUGCACCUACGUUCAUCAUGGCUGAUGGAGCCAUGGCAAUCACCAAUGCAGCAAACCUCAUCUUCCCGGGCGUGAAGCGUUGCAUGUGCUGGUUCCAUGUGCGUAAGAAUGUCGAGAGUAAAAUGGAUAGUCUGAAGAUCGACGCGAGAUUACGAUGGCAUCUUCUACGGGAUCUAUCAUACGUUCAGCUCGCUGUCACAUACGAGGCCUUUCAAGGCAUGUUCUCCUUAUUCAUGGAGGAGUAUCGACCGAGUGCACCUGAUGUCGUUGAUUACAUAAAGGAAAGUUGGAUUGAUCAUCCAUGGCAUAGCUGUUGGUACGAGGGAUAUGCCCCCCGCUUACCCUCGACCAACAAUGGACUUGAGUCUAUGAAUAACCAGCUCAAGAUAGCGGUGCAUCGCGAGAAGUUACCUCUCGGAGCCUUCUUCGGUGUGGUGACUGGCAAGGUUGUACGUGACUACAGUGAAGCAAUAGGCAAAGAUGCGACUGACCCUGGAAGAGUCUUUCAAUCGGCGGAUGACAUCAAGGUUACUAAGAAGCUCUUCAGGGAAGCUUACGAGUGGCAGAAGUCGGCUCCUUUCCAUCAAGUUACUGCUCCAUCAAUUUCAGGGAGGUUACUCUUCAUGCUAUCCCGAGGAGCCGAUGCAUCGUAUCUGAAUACUCGCAAUAUCAACAAAUUCAUGUGCACUCUUGUUGGAUCCUACCGCCAUCCCUGUUUCACUUCUGUUGUAGCACUCUUCAGUAAACUAUUCCUGGUGAUGAUCCCGGCUAAUGCUACUAACUGGCGUGACGUACAGUGCUCCUGUGGUGAAUACCUAAAGAAGAAAAUAUGCAUACAUGUGCUAGCGGCGGGUAUACGGUGCAAUAUUCUCAAUGAAGAUGACAAGAAAUUGUUACCUAUUCAAAGAAAACGUCGCAACUAA